AUGGAUAUCCCGGCUGAGCAAGAGGCCGUGCUAAUCCCAAAAGAAUACACUGAUGCUCUAAUGCUCGAUUUGGUGGCUCAAGCCUUUCGAGACAUUCGACUUCGGGCUCUGCAGACUGAUCCAACGUCUUUUUCUUCUUGUUUUGCUACAGAAAGUGAACAACCUCAUUCGUUCUGGACAGAACGACUCCAAAAUCCUCAAGCGAAGACCUUUGCCCUGGUACAUGAAGCUUCAGGGGUACAGCAUCAUCAUCACCCAGAAUUUACCCUUCUCAGACCGUGGCUGGGCAUCCUUGUGCUCCUGGGACCUAAACUCGUCGACAUAGACGUCUACGACAAUGAUUCUCCGUGGAAAACAGUUCUGACAGAGCAACAUGCCAUUAAUGAGCAGCCCCAGCUACAGGAGAUGGAAGCGUCUUCAGUAAAGAUUGCCCUGGCCUACCAGAUUGUUUCUGUAUAUGUUGCAGCUGAGUUCAGGGGCAAAGGCCUUGCCAAGAAGUUGAUGAGCUCUGCUUUAGCUGCUAUUGAGCAGGACCUGAAGAAUAAGAGGUUUGGCAAGGCAGUAUGUACUGUUGAUGUUGCAGACGGUAUCUCGGUGGCAAGGAACCUGUAUCAAAGGAUGGGGUUCGUUACAGUUGCCGAAGACCAGUCCACCACGGACAAUGGGCGGGAGUUCCAUGGCUCUGUAAUGCGAAAAGCCAUGACCUUCCAAGCCACGAGAGAUGCAAGUGUUGUAUAG